CCAUGUUGCUUCCAAACAUCCUGCUCACCGGUACACCAGGGGUUGGAAAAACCACACUAGGCAAAGAACUUGCGUCAAAAUCAGGACUGAAAUACAUUAAUGUGGGUGAUUUAGCUCGAGAAGUCUGAUCAUCGGAUAUCAUGGAGUCUGGCAAGAUGGCUUCUCCCAAGAGCAUGCCGAAAGAUGCACAGAUGAUGGCACAAAUCCUGAAGGAUAUGGGGAUUACAGAAUAUGAGCCAAGAGUUAUAAAUCAGAUGUUGGAGUUUGCCUUCCGAUAUGUGACCACAAUUCUAGAUGAUGCAAAAAUUUAUUCAAGCCAUGCUACGAAAGCUGCUGUUGAUGCAGAUGUGCAAUUGGCAAUCCAGUGCCGCGCUGAUCAGUCUUUUACCUCUCCUCCCCCAAGAGAUUUUUUAUUAGAUAUUGCAAGGCAAAGAAAUCAAACCCCUUUGCCAUUGAUCAAGCCAUAUUCAGGUCCUAGGUUGCCACCUGAUAGAUAUUGCUUAACAGCUCCAAACUAUAGGCUGAAAUCUUUACAGAAAAAGGCGUCAACUUCUGCGGGAAGAAUAACAGUCCCGCGGUUAAGUGUUGGUUCAGUUACUAGCAGACCAAGUACUCCCACACUAGGCACACCAACCCCGCAGACCAUGUCUGUUUCAACUAAAGUAGGGACUCCCAUGUCCCUCACAGGUCAAAGGUUUACAGUACAGAUGCCUGCUUCUCGGUCUCCAGCUGUAAAAGCUUCAAUUCCUGCAACCUCAGCAGUUCAGAAUGUUCUGAUUAAUCCAUCAUUAAUCGGGUCCAAAAACAUUCUUAUUACCACUAAUAUGGUAUCAUCACAAAAUACUGCCAAUGGAUCGUCAAAUGCAUUGAAAAGAAAACGUGAAGAUGAUGAUGAUGAUGAUGUUGAUGAUGACGAUGAUAAUUUGUAA